ACAUUUGCUAUACAAGACAUUGUAACUGAAUGUUGUAAAAAAAUACCUAUGCUUUGAAAUCUGCAGCUCUCCAAUGAUUGAGAAGAGUGGGUAUGUCUAUAAUGUACUACCAUUUGCAGGGGCGGCCUGACCAUUCGGGCACUCAGGCACUGCCCGAGGGCCCGGGGGUCAGUAGGGGGCCCCAUGAGAUGCCCCUGAUACCUUUCAUAGGCUUUUUUGGGUGUGAUUUGAGUGUUGGCGAGGACACAGGAGCCCCAUGAUUUCCUAUUGCCCGGGGGCCCCAU